UAUUUACAGGCGGGCCCAAAUAGUGUAGUUGCGGCACUGAAUGUGGAUCAUUUUAUAACAAUACUUAGUGUCCAUACCAUGGCCGUAUUCAGGGGGAGGGUUUUCCGGGUUCAAACCCCCCCCCAAAAUUUGUUCAACAUUUUUUUUUUGCCUAUUCACUUGAUGUUUUUUUUCUGUAUUCAAUUGAAAUUCAAUAGAAAAGUGUUUCUUAAUCCAUCGUCUAAGUCGCACAUAAGGUAAAUUAUUAUCCCAGACGUAUUAUUAUUGUGUAAAUAAAAUAGAAUUGUCUACGAGAAUGUCUACGCGCAAAAAUUGAAUCUAAAACAGUGCACUGCUUUACGACGGGUAAAACUAUGUAUACAAUGAGAUAAGAUCACGACUGACGUUAUCGUUGUCGCCUGCCCAUAGCUUUGGCUGUUCAUAUGGACGCACCAGAGUAUUUACGUAGUUAUUUUUAGUAUUCUUCAAAUUUUGAUAGUGUACAUACCUUAUUAGAAUAAUCGUCGAUGUUUAAUUUCAACUCGAAUAGAACUAAUUCGGAUAACCGAUUACCGAAUCAUUUUUCUUUUGGAUUCUCGUCAUACAACACACCAUGGCGGUGCGCCGUAAACAUUGCUGUUAAACGUUUCUAUUGAUCUGAAUUCCAAUUAAUACACAAAAAUUAAAUACCGAAAAUGAAACGAGUUCAAAGACAAUUGGACAUCACUGCAUUUACACAAAUAAAAAAAGAUAAGACAAACAAUCCAAAUUCUGAAUUUCAACCAGUUGAACCUACUAAUAUUAAUUAUUCGAAUAAAGAUGUUUCUAUUGAACAAGCUUACUUAGAAGAACUUCCCUCAGUUAGCAAAAAUAGUAUUGAUAUUCACAACCUUACUUCAAUGCAUAGCAAUUAUACUCCUUCUGUUUCUACCAUGUCCAAUAAUUUUACUAAAACACCCAUAGUUGGAGUAAAUGAUAUUGGUAAUUAUGUCCAUAAUUUAGAAAUUAACGAUUUAAAAAAAGAGGAACUCUUAAAAACUCCGUGGGUUCCUUCUUCAACAUAUAUUUUCCCUGUAAAAACCAAAAGAAAUUUACGAUUUCAAUUAUCUUGGAUAAAACGAUUUCCAUGGCUUAGUUAUUCACAAUUAUUUGAAGGAGCAUUUUGUAGACUAUGUGUUUUGUUUGCUCGAGAAAAAGGAGGUAAUGGUAGCCAUCAAAAAUUAGGUGCACUUGUUUCUAAAGAGUAUACUAAUUGGAAAAAUGCUUUGCAAGACUUUCAAUUACAUGCUACCACAUCUUAUCACAAAUUGUGUGUCGAGAAAUCUGAUAGUUUUUUAAAAGUGAAUGAAGGAAUAUCUAAAAAUAUAACUGAACAACUCAGUAUUGAACGUUCUAGACAGAUUGAACAAAAUAGAAAAAUUUUACUUUCUAAUAUAAAAACCAUAAUUCUUUGUAGUAGGCAAGAAAUUGCUUUUCGUGGAUCAAACGAUUAUGGAAAUGUAAUGAACAUAAAUGAUUUUAAUGACGGAAAUUUUAGAGCUCUUUUACGGUUUCGUGUAGAUUCGGAUGACACUACGCUAGGAGAACAUUUGAAAAAUGGUCCAAGAAAUUCUUUAUAUACUAGUCCUGGUAUUCAAAAUGACAUAAUUUCUAUUUGUGGUGAAAUAAUCAAGUCAAAAAUUGUCCAAAGAGUAAAUGCUGCCGAGUGCUUUUCUGUGUUAGCGGACGAAACUACAGAUAUUGGAAGAAUUGAACAAAUGUCUGUAUGUUUGCGUUAUUAUGACCAAAAAGAUAAAAAAAAUUCGAGAAGAUUUUUUAGAAUUUACACCGGCUGUUGAUCUUAGUGGAAAAGGACUAGCAACUUUGAUAAUGGGGUGUUUACAGAAGAACAGUAUACAUUGUCAAUUUUUAGUUGGACAAGGUUACG